AGCUGCUGGGUCCGUGCUGGCGGCUGGAACCGAGAAGACUGCGUUUGCUGCGGUGUCUCUCGCGCGGGUGUGGUGACGUGCGCCCGGAAACUAAGAAAAGAAGGGCUAGAGUAAGUGUUCCCCUCGGCCGCUCGAGUCGGUGCUAUAGUAUUUCCUUCCCGUCAGGCCAGUGGCUAUAGGGACCAGACCCCGCCCCCUUCCCGGCCUAGACUCCCUUUCCCUCCCUGCCCCUUUCCCACCGGGUACCCCCUCAUUUCCUCUUGUUCUGCCUGCGAAUCCCCGCCAAAGUCAUGAAGCUCGUGAGGAAGGACAUUGAGAAAGACAAUGCGGGCCAGGUGACCCUGGUCCCCGAAGAACCUGAGGACAUGUGGCACACCUACAAUCUAGUGCAGGUGGGCGACAGCUUGCGUGCCUCCACCAUCCGCAAGGUACAGACUGAGUCCUCCACGGGCAGCGUAGGAAGCAACCGGGUCCGCACUACUCUCACUCUCUGCGUGGAGGCCAUCGAUUUUGACUCUCAAGCCUGCCAGCUGCGGGUUAAGGGGACCAACAUCCAAGAGAAUGAGUAUGUCAAGAUGGGGGCUUACCACACCAUCGAGCUGGAGCCCAACCGCCAGUUCACGCUGGCCAAGAAACAGUGGGACAGUGUGGUUCUGGAGCGCAUCGAGCAGGCCUGUGACCCAGCCUGGAGCGCAGAUGUGGCGGCUGUGGUCAUGCAGGAAGGCCUCGCCCAUAUCUGCUUAGUCACUCCCAGCAUGACCCUCACUCGGGCCAAGGUGGAGGUGAACAUCCCUAGGAAACGGAAAGGCAACUGUUCCCAGCAUGACCGGGCCUUGGAGCGAUUCUACGAACAGGUGGUCCAGGGUAUCCAGCGCCACAUAAACUUUGAUGUUGUGAAGUGCAUCCUGGUGGCCAGCCCAGGAUUCGUGAGGGAGCAGUUCUGCGACUACAUGUUUCAACAAGCAGUGAAGACCGACAACAAAGUGCUCCUGGAAAACCGGUCCAAAUUCCUUCAGGUACAUGCCUCCUCUGGACACAAGUACUCCCUGAAAGAGGCCCUUUGUGACCCUUCUGUAGCUAGCCGCCUUUCAGACACUAAAGCCGCUGGGGAAGUAAAGGCUUUGGAUGACUUCUAUAAAAUGUUACAACAUGAACCUGACCGAGCUUUUUAUGGACUCAAGCAGGUAGAGAAGGCCAAUGAGGCUAUGGCAAUCGACACAUUGCUCAUCAGUGAUGAGCUUUUCAGGCACCAGGAUGUAGCCACACGGAGCCGAUAUGUGAAGCUGGUGGACAGUGUGAAAGAGAAUGCGGGCACUGUUAGGAUAUUCUCUAGUCUUCAUGUAUCUGGAGAACAGCUCAGUCAGUUGACUGGAGUGGCUGCCAUUCUCCGCUUCCCUGUCCCUGAACUCUCUGACCAAGAGGAUGAUUCCAGUUCUGAGGAAGAUUAAUGAUUGGAACUUCUAACUUAGACAAUCUGUGUCUCCAUUGUUACAUUUCCUUAGCAUCCUGGCAGAAAGCUGCAAGGCACUUUGUGAUUCUUACAGGAAUUUCUCAUGUCUUUGGUCACACUAGGUAUUGUGUGAUUGGCAGGACAUGUAUUCAAACCAAACAAUAAAUUAAAAGGAAAUAAUUUCCA